ACUGGAAUAGUUUGCAAGCGAGCGAGUGUCCGUUUUUGUCAGGACAUGCGCAAUGGCUAGGGAGCUUCCGGCUGCUGCUGCUGUUGGGCAGGGGCUGGGUGUGAAAAAUCAAGCAGCAGCAGCAGUGAAACGGAAGGACGAAAACAUCAGGCAGGCCAAACGCGACCCCAAACAGAAUGUGAGGAUAAAAAUGCAAAUGGAAAACGAAAAUGCUGCUGAAAAAGUAUGUGAAAACCCGACGCAAGGUGAAGAUUGUGCUGCUGCUGGCGAUUUUGGGUCUGCUCGUAAUCACCAUCAUUGUGCUGGGCUCCACAGGCCGCAAUGCUGCCAUCGAGCUGCUGCUGGACGAACGAUUUAUUGCACGGGCAUAUCGGCCUGGUGACAAGCACCAACAGCAGCAGCAGCCGUUGCAGGAGCAAAAGCAGCCGCCUGUGGCGGCGGUGGGUCUGCUGCAGCCGCAAAGGGAGAAUGGUGUGAUUGUGCCGGAAAAGUACGACGAACAUAAGAUCAAGGCGCGCAUCAUACAGAACCGACUGGACCAGAUAAAGCAGCAACAGCAGCAUGACCACGAGGCGGAGCAGUCGCGUACCACCCUGGAGGUGGCCACCACGGCCGUGCACAUAUUCUACACGGCCCCAGUGCCCUGGUACAAGUCCAAGAAGCCACCGCCACCGCCCGCUGAGCAUCCGAAUGAUAUGCCCCUGACGACGACACCCAAGGCGGUGCGAAUACUCAACACUGCCUUCUAUCCGGCUUUGGGUCUGUACAAGCCCAGCGUGUCGCUGCUCUCACAGCACUUUGAGAACAUCCGUAGUUGCGGCAUUGGCGUGCUCAUCCUCAGCUUCACGGGCAAGCCGGCGGAGACGGCCCUGCUCCAUCAGAUCAUUGUCCUGGCCCCGCAGCACAAUCUGACCGUGACCUUUGAACUGAGCGUGGCCGGGAAUCAAAGUGUGGAGUAUGUGCGCCAGCAGCUGCAGGAGAUUGCCGGCUUCGCCAGCUUGCCUGGCUUCUAUCGGGUGUGGAGUCAGUCGCGUGGGGCCGCCAUGCCCGUUCUGUAUGUGAGCAAUGCCUACAAACUGAGCGACAGCCUGGGACGACUGUUAUGUCGGACACCGUCGCAAGUGGAUCCCGACGGACUGCGGCGAGUGCUGGAUGGUUUCUUUAUAGGGCACAUAAGACUCAAGAGUCAUGCGGAUGUGAUGCGUCGCCUGUGCUUCGAUGGCUUCUACAGCAAACUGCCCAGCAAUGGAGCUGUAUUCGCCAGCACCUGGAAGAACUGGUCGUAUCUGAAAUCGUAUGCCCAAUCAUACAAAAUGAUGUUUGUGCCGACAGUGGGUCCCGGGUUUGCGGAAAGAAAUAAAUUCCCCCGCCAUGGGGAUAUACAGAGGCAUCGCAGCAAUGGACGCUAUUAUGGCGUGGCCUGGCGUACGGCUAUACUCAAUCAUGUGGGCUUCAUCAAUAUAGCCAGCUAUAACAAUUGGCCCGAUGGCAGCCAGAUUGAGGAGGUGAUGCCGCGUGCCGGCUUCCUGGACUACAAUCCUGGUUCGAGGACCAAGUAUUUGGAUCUGACGGCCCACUGGGUCGGUAAUUUUCUAAAGACACGUCAGGAGGCGGCUGCAGCAGCUGCCCCCGCAUCGCCCCAGAACUGUUACGAGCUCCUCAAUGGGACAAUUUGCUAGAGAGGUUCCACACAAUGAAAUCUUCCAUAUAUGGAUAAUACUAGUGCAAAGUCGGUAUUUACUUUAGAAGCAAUAUAUCUAUAGAUUGCAGGCCACACAAUUACUUUCCAAGCUAAAAAAAUAAAUACAGCCAUAUAUCGGUCAACUAUUACAUAUAUGUAUAUAUAUAUAUGAUAUAUAGAUAUAUAGAGAGAGAUCAAGCAAUAUAUCUUUAAGUAGUGAGUGGUUAACAUUAGUACGAGACUAUGCUCAAAUUAUAUCCAUAGCUAGAGAGCCACACAUUUUUUGGAAACUUUAUUAGCUUUCGAUUAUUGUAACAAUAAUAAGAGGAUGAACGAAUGAUGAUGGAACAACAAUAUCAUAACAUAAUGCCAUGCCAUAUUAUAUAGAAAUCAAAUGAAUGAAAACCAAUUAUCUAUGUUAUAUCGGAUAUAUACUAAAACACUUGUUAAACAAUUGGUACUUGACAAAUUUUAACUUUACUACCAGUAAAAAUAUAUAAUUAAAUUACUUUAUCUAAGCUUUAAUAGUUUAGUGCCAACAAAAUGAUUAUAAUAUAAAUUAUUAUUUAUUUUUAUGGGCAGCAUCUUGAAACCUGAUAUUUCCCGCUAUCCGCUAUCGAUGGCUCUCA